AUGAAUAAUUCAAUGCAGUCUCCUCGGACAAGAGUUUCAAAACAAAAAAUCCUGCUACCUGGAUCAACGAUUAGAAAGAAUCUAAUCCCAAUAAGCACCAAAAUAAGGAACCCAACUUCAAAGUCUAUGAUACAAAGCGAAUUGCCAACCCCGAAACAGCAAACUCCUUCAAAUAGAAAACAAGAGCAUUUUUUUCCAGAUAAAGGGUCUUUAAACAAUACAUUGAACUCCCCAAACGUGUCUACUUUUAAGUUGAACGGCUCUUUCAAUAGAAGCAAUGUAAAUUUAAGCAGAGACGAAGUGCGCACUGCAAAACCAAGUCCAAGGGCAAGCACAAUUGUAAGGCAAAAAUCUGCAAGCCACUCAGAGAUUACUCCUGACGACUUGAUGGCAAGUUUGCAGCUUCCUUUGACACCUCCACAAGUCUUAAAGAAUUUUGCUAAUUUCAUGUCAAAAUAUGAGCAGGGUGAAAUUUUGGAUUAUCCUGAAGUUUAUUAUUUAGGUUUAAAAGCUCAAAAAACCAAGCCAAAUGCAGCAGGAAAUAAUCUUGGCUUUGACGAUGACAGAUCUGACUACAUCCACAUUAUUGGAGACCAAAUUGCUUAUAGAUAUGAAAUUUUACAAGUCUUAGGAAAAGGAUCUUUUGGACAAGUUCUAAGAUGCUUUGACCAUAAAGCAAAAGACUAUGUAGCAUUAAAAAUAAUUAGGAAUCAGAGAAGGUUCCAUCGGCAAGGUAGAGUUGAAAUCAAAGUUCUGAACCAUAUAAGGAUCCACGACAAAGGUGGAUGCUCGCACUCAGUAAUAAUGCAAGACUACUUUCUUUUUCGCAAGCAUAUCUGCAUUACCUUUGAGCUCCUCAAUAUGAACUUAUAUGAACUGCUCAAAAACAAUAAGUUCUCAGGGUUCUCUUUGUCGCUUGUCAGAAGAUUUUGCCUCCAAAUCAUUCAAUGUUUAGAAUUCGCUGCGUCCCACAGAAUUAUUCACUGUGAUUUGAAGCCAGAAAACAUUUUAUUGAAGCACCAGAAUAAAUCAAGCAUAAAAGUGAUAGACUUCGGAUCAUCAUGCUUCGAAGAUGAAAAACUAUAUACUUAUAUACAAAGCCGGUUUUAUAGGGCUCCUGAUAUUAUAUUAGGACUACCCUACACGAUGGCAAUCGAUAUGUGGUCUCUUGGGUGCAUCGCCGCAGAACUGCACUCAGGCUGCCCUUUAUUCCCUGGAGAGUCAGAAGCUGAACAGCUCCUAUGCAUUAUGGAGGUCAAAGGAGUCCCUCCAGACUCGAUACUGGAGAGAUCAACAAGAAAAGCGCUAUUUUUUGAAGAAGAUAACACUCCAAAAAUUGCACCAAACAGCAGAGGAAAGAAACGCUUCCCAGGGACUCGAAAUUUAAACGAAAGAGUGAAGUCGACUGAUCCAGAAUUUUUGAGCUUUAUUCAGCGCUGCUUGGAUUGAAACCCGGACACAAGAAUGACACCUCAAGAAGCGUUAUCACACCCAUGGAUGAUAGAAGUAGAAAAACCGAAAUCGAGAAUAAGCAGCUCAACUGGGUCAAGAGGAGAUGGAAGUUAA